AUGUCCAGCCAAUUCUUGAACUUAGCAAAGAAAAAGAAAAAAGCAGAUUCCCCUCCGCAGUCUAAGUCCAAGGGCAAAUCUUCAGGAAAGUCUUCAGAUAGUGAAUCCGACUGGGACGACGAUGAUAAGAAAAAUUCAAAAUCAUCAUCUUCAUCCGCAUCAGAUUCUGAAUCAGACGCUCGUAGUGAUACUUCAAAGAAAAAAUCACCACCUCGCCGGAAAGGCAGUAAAUCUGACAUAGAGACCAAGAAGCCAGAGCCGAAAAAACCCGAGCCCAAAAAAGAUGUACGGAAGAGUACCGAUAGUGCAGGGUCCGGGACCAAGAAAGAUGUUUACAGUGAACCUGAAGAAGGUGAAGUAUCAUCACAUUCGUCUGACAACGAUUCCAUAGACUCGGAAGAGGAAUUUGACGAUGGAUACGACGAAAACCUCAUGGGAGAUGAAGAGGACAGAGCGCGACUCGCGGCCAUGUCAGAAAAGGAAAGAGAACAGGAAAUCUUUAAGAGAAUUGAGAGGAGGGAUCUCAUGAAAACGAGAUGGGAAAUAGAACGCAAACUCCGUCUUGCGAAACGCUCAGCAGCUGAAAGGUCGGCGUCGCCCGGCGAGAUCGCGAGAAGACGCGAUGCGAGAAAGCGGCGACGAGCGCAGAGAGAGAAAGAAAGGGAAAGAGAACGUGAGAGACAGAGAGAGAAGAGAGAAGCAGAAGUGGAAGAACAAAAGAAAGAGCCGGAGAAAGAAUUAGAAAACCCUUCACCAAGUCCAGGGGAGAUCGUUGAUGAAAAUAAAGAUAAUGAAGCCCCGGACCGCUCAGCGUCACCUCUGUUCGGUGCGAAAACGGAACGUAAGCGUAACGUUGACGACCGGAGGCAGAACGCCAUGGCGGCGUUGAGGGCGCAGCGAGACGCGAAAGCGACUAGAGUGGAGCAUUUUAAACAGAAACGGAGAUUGGAAGAGGAGAAGAAUAAAGACAAGGAAGAGGAGGAUGACGCGGAUGCAGAGAUCAUAGGCGGUAGUACUAGUAAACAGAGUGUUAAACUGAAAGCUUCGGACAUCUAUUCUGAUGAUUCGGGGUCCGAUUCUGAUGACAAUAAGUCUACUGGCCGUCGCAGCUCCUCAAGUUCCUCAUCGUCUGGUGGCGAAGAAGAGGAAAAAAAACGGAGAGAGGAAGAGAUCGAAGUCAAAUACGCUGACAGCAAGGAUCAGAUCAACAAACUUAGGCUUAGCAGGUAUCGUCAAACUAAACCUUUUUAA